AUGGUAACAUACAUUGUUUUUGUUUUAAGUAUUAUUUUUGUAAUUAGUUUUGUGGGGGUUUCUUCAAAGCCUUCACCUAUUUAUGGAGGAUUAGGAUUGAUUGUGGGUGGUGGUGCUGGAUGUGGAGUUGUUUUAAGUUUUGGUGGUUCGUUUUUGGGGUUGAUAGUAUUUUUGAUUUAUUUGGGGGGAAUGUUAGUUGUGUUUGGUUAUACGACGGCUAUGGCGACUGAACAGUAUCCUGAGGUUUGGGUUUCUAAUAAAGUUGUAUUAGGAGCAUUUAUUUUAGGACUAGUGGUAGAAUCUUUAAUUGUGAUUUAUGCUUUGAAGAGUGGAGAGGUGAAGAUUGUGUUUGAGUUUGAUGGGUUAGGGGAUUGGGUUAUUUAUGAUACUGGGGGUUCUGGGGUUUUUAGUGAAGAAGCUACAGGGAUUGCAGCGCUAUAUAGUUAUGGUGUUUGGUUAGUGAUUGUUACAGGUUGGUCUUUGUUUGUUAGUGUUGUAAUUAUUAUGGAGAUUACUCGGGGCAAUUAA